AUGGCACCUACCAUCGAAUCAUCCCUGGAGACGCAGGGCCUUGCAAGCGAGCAGACGGAGCUCCUGAACCUCAUCGACAAACUACAAUUUGCACAGCUCGACAGUAUCAAGCUCCCGCAAAUCGUCGUCGUGGGCGACCAGUCGGCCGGCAAGAGCUCUGUCCUCGAGGCCCUCUCCGGCACCCCGUUUCCGCGAGAUGCCGGGGCCUGCACGAGAUUCGCCACCGAAAUUCGGCUCCGCAGAGCAAAGGAAGCCCGACUCAAAGUGUCCAUCAUCCCCGACAAGACGCGCCCGUACAACGAGCAGACCAAGCUGCUCCAGUAUGGCGGUGACGUCACGGGUGACAUGCCCUUUGAGACGCUGAUGCGCGAAGCCACGGAGCUCAUCGCACCAAAGAACAUUCCUGGACGAUUUGCGGCGAAAGACAUCCUCGUCGUGGAGAAGACGGGCCCCGAGAUGCCCCUUCUCACACUUGUCGACUUGCCUGGCCUGGUUCGGGUAGCCAACCGCGACCAGUCCGAGGCCGAUAUCGCGACCAUCGAACAUCUCUCGGACCGUUAUAUGAAGAGCUCCCGAACGAUUAUUCUUGCCGUUAUUGGAGGCAACAACGACUACGUCCAGGCUCCAAUCCUGACCAAGACUCGCCAGUUUGAUCCAAACGGAUCCAGAACGAUUGGUGUUUUGACCAAGCCGGAUAUGACCGAGGGCAUCGGCCUGGAAGACAAGUUUGUGGAGCUCGUCAUGAAUAAGGACGAAGAGAACCACUUCAAGCUGGGCUGGUAUGUCCUGCUGAACCCUGGCCCGGGUGAGCAGUGGACCACUGCUGCGGACCGCAACCGUCGCGAGACGGAAUUCUUCACCCGCGGCAAAUGGGCAAACCUGCCACCGGAGAUAUGGGGAAUCGCCUCUCUGCGUCAGAAGCUCAGCAGCCAGCUGCAGCGCCACAUCGGCAAGCACGUCAAGAGCCUGCGCCGCCAGAUCCAGCAGGCGCUCGAGCGCUGCGAGGGCCAGCUCAAGGAGAUGGGCGAGGGCAGAGACACGGUGGAGGAGAUGCGAAUCGACUUGGGAGAGCUGUUUGCCGCAUCCAACAAUUUGGUCACGCCUGCCGUUAACGGCAACUACAAGAACCCGUUUGGCGAGCGCUUCUUUGCCCGCCAGUCGAGCCCCAAGGGCACGCCCUCGCAACAGCUCCGCGCCCGCGUCCGCGAGGAAAGCGAGCGGUUCGCGCGUCUGUUCCGCCAGCAGGGCCGCAAAGUCAACUUUUCCGAACCCUCUACCGCCAACCUCCCGUCUGCCGGCACCGUGGGCGACCAGAGCAAGAAGGAUUUCGCGCAGCGCGAAGUCGAGCCUCUUCUGCGCCAGAUUCGCGGCAACGAACUGCCCCUUGACUCCAACCCCCGCGCUCCGUAUAUUCUCUUCCAAGACUACUCGCGCAACUGGCCCGUGCUGGCGCAAGAGUACAAGGACAACCUGAGCGUCAUCUGCAACGAGUUCCUGGUCGACCUCAUCAGCCACAUCUGGCCGAUGCGCAUGCGCGACCCGCUACACUACCACUUCUUGGAGUCCAAGAUGCGCGAGCUCUUCGACAACGGCGACAAGGAACUGACGCGCCUGACGGACGACAUGGAGCUGGAACUUCAGCCGUUCGACCCCGAGUACGAGGUGCGCCUGCGCAAGUGGCGCGCCGACGCGACGGCGAAUGGCGGCACGUACACGGAAGCGGAGGAGGUGCUGGAAAAGAUGCUGAUCUACUACGACCUGACGGCGCGCAUCUUCACCCGCAACAUCAUUACGCAAGUGGUGGAGCGCCACCUGCUCCUCGGCAUGCUGCGUCUCUUCAACCCCGUCGAGAUUCUGCGCAUGCCCAACUCGACUAUUGAGUCCAUCGUCGCCGAGAAUAAGGAGACACGCGACCGCCGCCUGAUGCUCAAGGAGCAGAAAAAGGCCAUUGAGGAGGCGCGCAACAUUUGCGCCAGCUUGGCCAUGCGCAGCGAUCUGCGCGCCUAUGCCGAUGAGGCCGACGACGACGUCGACACGGACACGGACAGUCCGACGACGAGCCGUAGCACCAUACCGCAACAGCCUGUCAACCCGCAACCUGCGCCGUCGCGUCGAUCUGCCGAGGCGAACCGACAGGGUUACCCGGAAGAGCGUCCUCGACCAGCUGCCGAGGCGAACCGACAGGGCUACCCGGAAGAGCGUCCUCGACCAGCUGCCGAGGCGAACCGACAGGGCUACCCGGAAGAGCGUUCUCGCCCAGCUGCCGAGGCGAACCGACAAGAGCGUCCCCGUCCAGCGGUAGAUGCACGUGGUCGUCCUCAGCAGGCGCCUCAACCGCCGUACCAGCAGCCCUCGGCGCCCGUUGCGCAUGUGGCACCGGCUGCGCCGAGCUUCUACCAGGAGCAGUCUCGUGAGCGGGACCCGGCAUAUUACGCGACGGCGGCGUCGUCGGGGCAGCCGCACCAUGGGCCGCCGCCCCCUCGUCCGCAUAAGGAGGCUGGCUACGAGGAGUCCAACGGCUACUACGACGCGGCUCCAACCCAAAAUGGAGGAGGUAGGGGGCACAAGGAUAGUGCCCGCCAGCGCCUCGUGGCCUCGAUGCCUCAAUUACUCGGAAGUCUUCUUCAGGCCAACCCACUCGGGGUAGUUGUACAAGACAACGGCGUCUGUGGCAGCGCACGUCGCCGCGCCGAACUUGACGUACCGGCGCGUCUUGGGCGCGAGGUUGCGCCACGCCCAGGAACUGCCGCCUCCAGUCGAGGCAGAAGAAGCAGGCGCGCCGGCCAUACUAAUCCCGGCUUCGGCAGACGGACCCAUGACGCGGGUCGAAGUGCUAAAGGUGGCGGCGCGGCGGGCGGCAGUGCGGGCGAAGAUGGUGGCAGGCAUGGUUGUGUGUAUUCAAGAGGGAGACUCGGUAUCGUCCAGGAGAAUGCAGGGAACUUUGUCGUUGGUGUCGUCGGCAAUGAGGACCAAAAAGACAAAGAGACAGAAGAGGGCCAGGGCGGCGCGCAGGACCGGGUGGACGGGUGGGCAGUCGUGAGGCGGCGGCGUGGUGCCGCCGUCGGCGUGGAGCGCGCCGGCGGAGCGCUGGAAUGCGUCGGCUGCGACUCUCUUUGA